UCGAGGCUGUCCUGUACUUUCAACUGGAGAACCAAAAUGGCGUCUUAGCGACGAUGUGUUUAUCUCCAAAAAUGUCGCUAAAAUGACUUGAAUGUUGUCUAAACACGAAUGUAGAUCGUGGUCCAAGUAAUCUUAUCGUAUUUUUUAUCGACGUCGUGAAAAAAUCUAGUCUUCAAAAUGAUUCUCUCAAGAACUAAGCCUGCUAUGGGCCCAGGAUCAGGGACGACAGUAUCAUCAGCUAAAGACAGUAAAAAGAAAAAGAAGUUGCCCAAAUUUGAAGAUCUUCUUCAAGCAAGAGACUUCACAGGAGCACUUACUCUUCUAGAGUUUAACCGAAAUUCAGGCAAAAGUAAUGAGGAAACAGCUCUWUGGAUUGCAUACUGCGCAUUUCAUUUGAGUGACUACAAGAARAGCAUGGAGGAGUAUCUUUCUUUGACAAAAAGCGAUGCCUGCCACCCUGAUGUCUGGAAUAACCUGGCUGCUUGUUAUUUCUUCCUGGGAAUGUACAAAGAAGCUCAAGAUAUAUCCGAGAAAGCUACAAAGUCCAGACUUCAAAACAGACUUCUAUUUCAUCUCUCCCACAAGUUCAAUGAUGAGAAGAAGUUGAUGACAUUUCAUCAAAAUUUACAAGACAUUAUUGAGGAUCAGCUGAGUCUUGCGUCAAUUCAUUACCUCAGAAGUCAUUACCAGGAAGCCAUUGAUAUUUAUAAGAGAAUCCUAUUAGACAACAGGGACUACUUGGCUCUUAAUGUCUACGUUGCUCUUUGUUAUUACAAACUGGACUAUUAUGAUGUUUCACAGGARGUUUUAGCAGUUUAUCUACAGCAUUAUCCCGACAGUGCGACAGCUGUCAAYCUCAARGCAUGUAAUCAUUUUAGACUGUACAAUGGAAAGGCUGCAGAGGCUGAACUCAAAUCUUUACAAGAAACUGCWAGUCCYUCUUUUAGUUUUGCAGCUGAUCUUAUCAAACACAACUUGGUGGUUUUCAGGGGGGGUGAAGGUGCGCUUCAAGUACUGCCUCCACUAGUGGAUGUCAUCCCAGAAGCAAGGCUCAACUUGGUUAUUUAUUAUUUAAGACAAGAUGACGUUGUUGAAGCUUAUAAUCUGAUUAAAGAUCUGGAGCCAACAACACCGCAGGAAUACAUAUUGAAAGGUGUUGUCAAUGCAUCUCUCGGUCAGGAACAAGGAUCUAGGGAGCACUUGAAGAUUGCCCAGCAAUAUUUUCAACUGGUUGGUGGAUCGGCAAGCGAGUGUGAUACCAUUCCUGGCCGCCAGUGUAUGGCUGCAUGUUUCUUUCUUCUCAAACAGUUUGAAGAUGUAUUGAUAUAUCUUAACUCUAUUAAGAGUUAUUUCUACAAUGAUGACACAUUUAACUUCAACUAUGCUCAAGCCAAGGCAGCGGUUGGCAACUACAAGGAAGCAGAAGAGAUAUUCCUGCUUAUCCAGUCUGAGAAAAUCAAGAAUGAUUAUACAUACCUUAGUUGGCUGGCUAGAUGCUACAUUAUGAACCACAAGGCAAGGUUGGCUUGGGAACUUUACUUGAAAAUGGAAACUUCAGGAGAAUCAUUCAGCCUGCUUCAACUUGUUGCCAAUGAUUGCUAUAAGAUGGGACAGUUUUAUUAUGCUGCCAAGGCAUUUGAUGUUUUGGAAAGACUUGAUCCUAAUCCCGAGUACUGGGAGGGCAAACGAGGUGCUUGUGUUGGAAUAUUUCAACAGAUUAUUGCAAGCCAUGAACCAAG